AUGGGUGCGGGCGACGGUUUCGGGCGCGACCCAAUCGGGCGCACGCCCAGGGGCACCGUGGCGGUCGAGGCCAGCAAGGCCGGGCGGUCACCGGAGGGAGACGCCGGCGGGAGAGCAGCAGGGCGGCGCCGGAGCGGGGCUGCGGGCCAUAGGGGAGUGGCCGUGGUCGAGCCAGACGGCCGGGACGAGGCACGGGCGCCAGGGCGCGGUCGGGCGGCCGUGUACGGCGAGGCGGCGACGGGGAACGGCUCGGGCGCGAUGGCCAUCCAGAGGAGGCGCGACGAGCGCGGGGAGGCCGCGAGCGAGCACGGCCUCGGGCGCGCGGUGACAGGGGACGAGGCACGGGCGCCAGGGCGCGGUCGGGCGGCCGUGUAUGGCGAGGCGACGACGGGGAACGGCUCGGGCGCGAUGGCCAUCCAGAGGAGGCGCGACGAGCGCGGGGAGGCCGCGAGCGAGCAUGGCCUCGGGCGUGCGGUGACAGGGGAAGAGGGGAGAGGAGGAGGGCGCUGA